AUGUCAUCUCCGAACGAUGGCUCCCACACUCAGUCAUCCGAUACAUCCCGACAACUCACUGGGCACCAAUUUGAACAAGAAGGUGUUAUCGCAUGUGAAGCAGCCGUGGAGGAAUUUCGGAAGUCAAAAAUAUCUAAAGCAGAGGCAUCCAUCCAGCUUCUCGAGGCCAUUAGCUACCAUGACACCGCCCCUGAAGAAGAGGCAGUGAAACGGUCAGCUUAUGCUGUCUAUCUUGCUGAGCUCGACGAGAUCGAAUCUGCCCAACGAGAAGCUGGAGACAGAGGUGCCAUUCAGGCACCAGGCCCAUUGGAGAAUUCCGCUCAGAUCCUCACUUCUUCAGAGGCUCUCGAGCCCUCCUCUGCAGUUGGAGACAAGCGCAAGAGAGAUGCCUCUGAUGACUCAGACUCAGAGCAAGGAAAGAAAGUCGAUGAAUCUCUCUUCCCCUUCCCCAAGUCUCUUGGACCGUCUCUCCUCUCCCCUGAGCUCCAACUUACACUCAAACUCAAGGAGAACUACACCCGAGACCUCGCCCUCUCUCGACAGCGAGUUGUCUGUCAUCCCGACUGCCCUAAUGUCUCAGAAUCGAUCUUCACUGCCUUCUACACCAUCGAUGGAGAUCUCAAGCAAUCUAUCAAACUCGGGGACCUUGAGGUCACAGCCAGUGCCCCGGUCAAACCCAGCUGGCACAUUUCUCGGCACUGA